CUUAUUUGUAUAGGUUUCCUUACUUGUGUCUCACCUACCUUGUUUAAGAUUGAGACUCCCCCUAUAUAUAUAUUCAUGUAAUCACAACUCAUUCAAUCAAUGAAAAUAAUAAUUCUUCAUGAUACCAGAGCCUAAUUAAAACAAAAAAAACCCUAACCCUACCUCUCGGCUCUCCCUCUCUCCUGCGGCAGACUCAGCGCCGCCCCUCCUUCAACGUCGGCAGUCCCAGCGGCGGCACUCCCUCCCCCUCUCCCUUCGGCUCUCUCUCCUCUCUUCAAUGGCCGAAAGCGAGGUUACCUCCAACUCCACUCCGGCGAAAACCCCUCAUCUUGCUUUCACGACGGUCUCUAAUGUCAAACUCCACGUUCCGAUUCUUCUCAGUCUCUCUCAACCGAACUACAAAAAGUGGAGUCGCCUUUUCCUUCUCUUGGUUCGCCGAUUCAAUCUCCAAGGCUACAUCAAUGGCUCCAUCGUCCCUCUCUCCGAAGACGACGAUGAGUGGCUCCAACUUGACGCUCUCCUCCAGGGAUGGAUCUUAUCCACCAUCUCCGACGAAGUCUCGGAUCUGGUUAUCUCAUCUGUCUCCACCGCUUCUGCUCUUUGGAAAGUUAUCCAUGAUCUUUUUCACGACAACAAGAAUGCUCGUGCCAUGCAACUCGAGCACGAGUUCCGUACCACUGUCAAAGGCAACACUUCUAUGGCGGCCUACUGUCAACAUCUGCAAAAUCUUGCAGACUGGCUAGACGAUGUGGAUGCCCCGGUGUCCCAACAUCAAUUGGUUCUUCAGAUGCUCCGUGGUCUCCCCGAUGAUUUGCAAGCCCAGACGUCUUUUCUUCAAUUUCAGGANCCACCCCUACUGCCUUGGCCCACCAUUUUGACACCAUGUCCCUCAAAGAGCCAACCUGGUUUAUGGACACCGGCGCCUCACACCACAUUGCCUCCGACCCAGACACAGUUCACUCAUGACAUACUUGAGCGGGCCGGGAUGGCUUCUUGUCGCCCCAUCUCCACCCCUGUGGACACUAAGGCAAAGCUCUCCUCCUCGUCAGGCACUCUGCUCCCCGAUCCUACUCUUUAUCGAUCUGUUGUUGGAGCUCUACAGUACCUUACAUUUACUCGCCCUGACAUCACGAUUGAGACUCCCCCUAUAUAUAUUCAUAGGAAGAUAACAUUUUCACAAGCUUAUGGACAAACAGGGCCAGAGUCCCGAGAUGUGUUGAAGAGACAAAGUCCAGAGAUGGCGAAACUAAACAGCUAUAUGACUGCUGAUGCCUUCUAGUCGGGCGCCGCCGCGGGCGGCAAAGUUCUUCCAUCUUCGUCGACAAUAAAUUCCCACCACCUCUCCCCCGUCUCCUACAAACAAGUUCGGAAUUCACUUCCUCCGCUCACAGGUCUGAUCGAAGUGCAGAGGUUUCGAAUUCUGCGGUUGCAAACGCCGAUCCGGUAUGUUUUAAGUUCGGUAUGUUUUAGAGCUGAAACUAUUGUAUUACUUGAAAUUUAUUUCCAUUUUAACGAACCCUGAUGCAAAUACUGGAAUUAUUGUGUUGAACUUAGGUGCAGUUUAUGAGAUAUCAAGUACUGUUUU